AUGUUAGAAGUUAUUCAUAAUUGUGAUGCAGUUAUUGUCAGCAUUGAAAGAGGCUUCGAGGGUGGUCGUGGUGGUGAGGGCGGUCAACGUGAAGGACAUCAUGGUCAUCAUCAUGGAGGUCAAGGCGGAGGACAAGGCGAAUUUGGCGGUGAACGUGGAGGACAAGGUGAAUUUGGAGGUCAAGGCAGAGGACAAGGUGAAUUCGGUGGUCAAGGCGGAGGACAAGGCGAAUUUGGCGGUGAACGUGGACGACAAGGUGAAUUUGGUGGUGAACGUGGCGGACAAGGUGAAUUUGGAGGUCAAGGCGGAGGACAAGGCCAAUUUGGUGGUCAAAGCGGAGGACAAAGUCAAAGUCAAACAGGUGGUAUUCGUGGGGAGCUGGAGAAACUUGAAGAAAAACUGUAA